GUGUGUUCGUUUCAUUGCGGAGACCAGAGGCUGGCCCUGGGGUUGGAGUUCUGAGACGGGAUUAUCAUUAUUAAAAUUAUUAUUAUUAUUAUUAUUAUCUGCAUGUUUAAACAGACAAUGCCCUUCUGGUGAAAGAAAGGAGGCUAUGUGAUGGCUCCAGCAGGUUUCGGGAGGGGUUAAUCGGGUUGCUGUUGCAUACUGUAAUUUGGUAAGUUAUUUAUUGGUUCAAGAAGCUACCUUACUAUACUAUGAGUAAUGAUGGAGGAUGGAAUGAACGCUACUACGUUUCUGGUGUACUGUAGCCAUGGCAACGAGCGCGGUUCCAAGCGACAACCUUCCUACUUACAAACUGGUGGUGGUGGGGGACGGGGGCGUUGGGAAAAGCGCGCUUACCAUUCAGUUCUUCCAGAAGAUCUUUGUUCCCGAUUACGACCCGACGAUAGAAGACUCCUAUUUGAAACACACAGAGAUCGAUGGGCAGUGGGCAAUACUUGAUGUGCUGGACACUGCUGGGCAGGAGGAGUUCAGCGCGAUGAGGGAGCAGUACAUGAGGACGGGCGAUGGAUUCCUCAUAGUGUACUCGGUGACAGACAAAGCAAGCUUCGAGCACGUUGACCGAUUCCACCAGCUCAUUCUCCGAGUCAAAGACAGGGAAUCCUUUCCAAUGAUACUGGUUGCCAACAAAGUAGAUUUAGUGCAUUUAAAAAAAGUUACAAGUGAGCAGGGUAAAGAAAUGGCAGCUAAACAUAACAUUCCGUACAUAGAAACGAGUGCUAAGGACCCUCCAAGUAAUGUUGACAAAGCAUUUCAUGACCUUGUCCGGGUAAUCCGGCAAGAAAUACCAGAGAAAAGCCACAAGAUGAAAAAGAAAAGGAAGUGGCGUGGGGAGCGAGCGGGCGGCUCCCACAGACUGCAGUGUGCCAUCUUGUGACAGAGCAAAAAACACAUUGGAAGUGCCUGCCGCUUCUAACUGAGGAUGAGAGAGAGAGAGAGAGUGCCAGUCUCGCUCCUCCAGCUGAGCUGUCCUGGCCACAGACAAGUGUCAGCAUUCACGAUGCAGUAUUCCUCAAGGAGAGAAAUACGAAGUAACAUGCCUGAACCAGUUUUAUAAAAUUCAAAACGAUUUCAGGUGUAUUUAGUCUAACUGUCCUUACAGCGAAUGCACCCUCUUGUUUUUUCAUCAUUAUCCAGCUGAAGAAGGAUUUGUAGUCCGAGACAUUCUGAUAUAAUUGAUUUUUUUUUUUUUUAUCAAUUCACAUUUGCGUACCUGCAUUAUCUUUUUCUUAUUUAUAUAAUUACACACACACUGUACUUGUGAAUCUGUAGCCAUUUCAGGGGGCAGCUGUUUUGAAGAGACUGCUAUUCGAAUGCCCCCGUUUUCACAUUUUACUCUGAAGAAAAGUAAACGAACACUGGAGAAGAAAAAAAAAAAGAAUGUAGCUAUUUGUAUUAGGGUUGAGAACAGUGCCAAAAACAGUGAAGUGAAGUGAAGUGAAGUUUGAACGUCACAAUGAAUUCCAGCAGGGACUCCAGACAUUGUGUCAAAUCUUGGAAAGCUGCUAAUGUGCAACCUACAACGUCACAGUUUUCUAACAAGACUGUACUUGGAUUUUUGUAUUGUAGUGGUGGAAGUGUGCAAAGGGUUUCAUUGCAUUUUUUUAAAGUGAUGACGCAAGAUGGUGUAAAGUAUUCUUGAAGUAAAUACUAUACCGCAAAAAGUUUUUAAAUGAGAUCAGAACAGACUUUCAUAGCUAUACUGAUAUUUUGUAUGAGAUGCAAAAAAAAAAAAAGGUAAAUAAGGUAAAGCUGACAUCAAAGGACUGUGUUUCUUUCUAUGUAUGUGACUCCCAAACCUCUCAACUGUUCUAUUAUUAAUAGUCUUGUUUUUGUUGUUGUUCUCUGACAUCGUUUGCAUUUUAGUCCAAUUUCCUUGAAGGCAUGCCAGAUUGUUUGCAGUACAUGAUGGGAUAAAGUAAAAGCAAGUGAUCAUUCGUGUGUUCUGUAACAGGAGCCCUACCUCAUGGCAGGACUGGCUGACGGUGCAACCCACACAGCUGAGCCUCCCUCUUACAUACUGGGUGUGCUCGGUUUGUGUUUGGGACCAAGAUGAGGUUCAGAGGCAUGGGGUUUCCAAACAAGCUUGGAACGUUUUUUUUGUAUCAGUAAAUUCCUUUUUCGUUACUCCA